AUGACCAAGAUGCUGACCGUGGCGUUGCUCCUGAUCGCUCUUGUAAGUCCUGGCAACCCUAGGCCAUCCCCUAACCAUUUAGAAAACCAGUUUAAGACAGAAAAUGACUCGAAGGAAGUCCGCUCUGCAGCUAUUAAAAGGCUCUUGGAAGUCUUCGGCAUGGAGGAUCUCCCCGCGUCUCUGGUCCGCGGGCACAAACAGCCUCCCCAGUACAUGCUGGACCUGUACAACACAGUGGCGGAUGUGGACGGAGUCACCAAAGACCCCACGGUACUGCAGGGAAACACCGUCCGCAGUUUCUUCGACAAACUGCAUAGUGAACAAAUCGAAUUUUUAUUCAAUUUGUCGUCCGUGGCAAGAAGCGAAAAGGUCCUCACAGCGGAGCUCCACCUUUUCAAACUGAGGGCGCAGGAAGCACUAACGUUCAACAGGCAUCAUUUCUGCCAGGUCAGUAUCUUUCAGGUUGUUGAUGGCAGCAAAACGGACAACCCUCAGGGCAAGAAACUCGUAUCUUCAAGGCUUAUUCCCAUACACUCCAAUGGUUGGGAGGUUUUUACCAUCACACAAGCUGUACGCACCUGGAUGCUGGAUGAGCGCAGCGACCUCAGUUUGAUGGUUUCGGUUCAGCCUCUGGGUUCCGCGACGGACCUGAAGCCCGUGCGAUUCGCAUCGGGUCAGAGCCACCACCACAGCAAACAACCCAUGAUGGUGCUCUUCACCGACGACAGCAGACGUGCCACUUCACCGGAGACCGCUCAGAGAAGGCCUGAGGAUUCCUCAGCAGGUCCCAGCCUUCCUCUCCCCAGCCUGACCCUGCCGUCCUCGGAGCGUCGUCACACGCGCUCCCUCGACUACGAUGAUCUCCCCGAGAAGCUCCCGUGCCAGCGGAUGCCGCUCUACGUCGACUUCGAGGAGAUCGGCUGGUCCGGGUGGAUCGUGUCUCCUCGUGGCUACAACGCCUACCACUGCAAGGGCUUCUGUCCCUUCCCCUUGGGACAGAACAUGAGGCCGACCAAUCAUGCCACCGUCCAGUCCAUCAUCAAUGCCCUAAAGCUGAGCAAAGCCGUGGAGACGCCCUGCUGUGUUCCUGACAAGCUCUUCUCCAUCAACCUCCUCUACUUCGACGACGACGAGAACGUCGUACUGAAGCAGUACGACGACAUGGUAGCAGGGAGCUGUGGAUGUCACUGACACCCCAAUACUGGAAAUAACACGUGCAUGAGAAG